AUGUCGCAAGACACCGGCCUGUGGAGCGUGCGCCGACCAAGAGAGACCUUAGUGGGAAUCAACUACAACACCGGCCUACCACAACCCCAAUCCGCCAUGAAACGAUCCGCCUCAGGCGCAGGUGCGCAAUACUCAAACAACCAUGGACGCUCAAUGUCAGGCUCCAGACACUCGCUGGCGCUAUCACGACCUAGCCAGCCCAUGUUCCAGCGUUCUUCGUCCGGUACCAACCUUGCCGACCUUGGCCUUUCCUCCGUGAAGCGAACUUCGAUGCGCGACAAGUCCUUUGCUCCGACACCAGCACCGGGACGUUCUUCGCAAGAUGCGGAUAGGAGGAGCAGUGUAUACCGUGCAAGAACUUCCAACGCUGGGCCAAUGAGCCACCAGAGCUUCUUCCAGCAAGCACCCCAACCUGCCGGCGUGCCCCGAGACCCUCGCCCGUUGAGAGACCGAUCAUACCAGGCCAGAAUAGGACAGGAACUGCUGGACUACCUCGCCCAGAACAACUUCGAAAUGCAGAUGAAGCAUACUCUUUCUCAGAAUAUUAUCAAAUCUCCGACACAGAAGGAUUUCAACUACAUGUUCCAGUGGUUGUACCGCCGCAUCGAUCCGAGCCAUAAGUUCCAGAAGAAUAUCGACCAAGAGGUACCGCCAAUUCUGAAGCAGCUUCGAUAUCCGUACGAAAGAAGCAUCACCAAAAGUCAGAUCGCAGCUGUUGGUGGUCAAAACUGGAGUACUUUCUUGGGACUGCUGCACUGGAUGAUGCAACUGGCGCAGAUGUUGGAUGGUUAUGCUUGUAACCGAUACGACGAUGCGUGCCUCGAGAGUGGCAUUGAUGUGACCGGUGACCAUAUCAUCUUCGACUUUCUAAGCAGCGCAUAUAGGGACUGGCUUGCCAUGGACGAGGACGCCGACGAUGAGGAUGCCAAUCGAGCAUUGGCCCCUCACAUAGAACGGAUGGCACAGGCUUUCGAGCAGUCCAACUCCAAAUACACCUCCGAACUUGAGAUGCUUGAAGGGGAGAAUAGCCGGCUGCUGCGCGAGAUCGAAGAUCUCGAGAAGUCCACUCCUGAUCCCGCUGUACUCGACAAUCACUUCAGAAUCAUGGAAGAAGACAAGGUCAAAUUCGAGGAAUACAAUGCACUCGCAAUGCAAAGAUCCGACAAAUACGAAACACGGAUACAGGUUCUACAAGAGGAGCUUGAAAAACUUAAUGAGGAGCUGCGGGAAGUCGAGGACGAGCGGCGAGGAUUGCAAAAGGCUGUGGACGAUCUAGGCAUCAGCAUGCAGGAUAUCGAUCGCAUGACGUCUGAACGAGAACGCUUGCAGAAGGGCAUUGAGUCCGCUACUCAAAGGCUAGAGGAAGUCAAGAGAAAGGUCGCCGACAAAGAACUUGAAGCGAGCAGAAAGCUUGAUGAACUCGAACGAAUGGUCGACAGGUAUAACACCCUGGCGUACCAAAUUGGCUUGAUACCUGCGACGGCGGUCAACGCCAACGGCAAGGACUACGAGCUACAGGUCACGGUCAAUGACGGCCCAGAUUUCAGCGCGUCGCAACUCAAGGGAUCCAGCAGUGCUUCCUCAAGCGACCGCCUCCUUGCCGAUCCUGUCACUGGGUACCAGCCUGCCCACAUUCUUAACCUCGACCUGCGUGGCCAGGUCAAGAGCAGCUUCCUCACACUUAGGAAAGAGAUCUCCGAGAGGAGGACCGUCGCCAUAGACAUGAUGAUGAAGGACCAUGACCUACUCGAUGGUAUCAAGGAGGCGAUCGAGGACAAACGUAACGAGGUUGAGGCCCUGGAACACCGUGUCCGUGCCGCAGAGGAGGAGUACGAGAAAACGAAGGAGGUGACAACGACGCAAAAGAUGGCCUCUGACGCACAAAUCGAAAAGAUGGAAAAGGAACUCGCCAAAAUGCGAGCGACCUUGACCGAAUCAGUACAGCUAAUGGAGCAACGCGAGAUGAAUACCAGUAUCGAGUACGAACAGCUUGUUCUUCGCGCAAACUCCUUGCGAGAAGAGCUUCAUACGGAGAUUGAUCGGAUGCUCAAUGAUGUCAUCAAGUUCAAGAUCCAUGUGCAGAGAAACCUCGACGACUAUGAGGGCUUCGUUACCGACGAGCUCGAAAAGGAGCUGGGGAGUGACGAGAUGAGAGAGGAUACCAGGAAUCUGGAUCUGUAA